GAAUUUUGGAACGCAGCCGAGAUUGCACUUGCUGCGCAUGCGCUGAACCAUUGCACGCAAGGGACUUCGCUGUGGUAGCCUAUCGCUGGUACACUCUGUCACUCUUUCUACGGGUGUCUACGGGUUUCCGGGUGCCAAGAGUCAUUUUUCGUAGUAGGUGCCAGCACAAGCCGCAAUAGCUACCACGAUGUUGUCCUGGAUGCAGGAGGCAAUGAAGAUGAAUCCGUUUUCAUCACCGUUCACGACGGUCAAGUGUCAGGCACGCGAGAGCGGGACUCGGCCUCUCAUUCCGAAUCGUAACAUCGCUGCCGCCUCCAUCGAAGAAGGUGAUAGCUGCGAAUUUGGAUCGAAUCAUUAUUUCUUGCUAUGUGGCCUCGGAGGCAUUUUAUCUUGUGGCAUCACUCACACCGGUAUUACUCCCUUGGAUUUAGUCAAAUGCCGAAUUCAAGUGGACCCCCAAAAAUACAAAUCAGUGUUCAAUGGAUUUCGAGUGACGUAUGUCGAAGAUGGCGCUCGGGGAUUGGUAAAAGGUUGGGCACCUACUUUCUUCGGCUACUCAAUUCAGGGAAUGUUUAAAUUUGGUCUUUAUGAAGUUUUCAAAGUCCAGUAUGCGGCAUUGGCCGGCGAAGAGCUUUCUUACGAAUACAGAACCGCUUUGUAUUUGAUAUCGUCAGCUUCGGCGGAAUUCUUUGCAGACAUUGGCUUGGCACCAUUUGAAGCCGCCAAGGUUAGGAUACAAACUAUGCCAGGAUAUGCUAAUACUUUACGGCAAGCGAUGCCAAAGAUGUAUGCGGAUGAAGGUCUUUCUAGUUUCUACAAGGGCUUAGUGCCAUUGUGGCUGCGUCAAAUCCCGUAUACGAUGAUGAAAUUUGCCUGCUUCGAACGCACCGUUGAGCUUCUGUAUAAACAUGUAGUACCCAAGCCUAGGGCAGACUGCAGUAAAGGCGAGCAGUUAGUAGUCACGUUUGCAGCUGGAUACAUCGCUGGUGUAUUUUGUGCUAUUGUAUCUCAUCCAGCUGAUACGGUGGUGUCGAAGUUGAACCAAGAGAAAGGUGCAUCCGCAGGUGAAGUUCUAAAGAAGCUUGGCUUCGGCGGCGUAUGGAAGGGUCUAGGACCAAGGAUCGUCAUGAUUGGUACCUUAACCGCGGCGCAAUGGUUUAUCUACGACGCCGUCAAGGUCUGGCUGCGCAUGCCUCGUCCUCCACCACCCGAGAUGCCGGAAUCUCUCAAGAAGAAAUACGGCUUGGCAUAAUCGUGACGUGAAAGGAAGGGAAAGGGGGAGCAAGCACGUUUACGUUGCCGACCGGAUCGGUUAGAAAAAAAGAAGCGUAUAAAGCAAUUUCAAUUUGAUCUUUAUAUCGUGCAUUAUCGAACACGAUGUGUCCCAUUUUAUUUUGGAAUAUUUAUUCUGCAGCAUUAUACAACAAGCGUCAACAGGCAACACUGCCGCAAGAUUAGAGAAAACAGUUGUGUUUUACAAAUAGGAAAUAUAGGAUGCUAAUUGUGCCAGUUCCAUAACUAAUGGAAGCACAAUAAAUUUAAUUUGUAACAACGGUUUACUCAGGGUAAUCCGUACUAUCACAUUGUACAUAGGGUAAUCGCUGUAAAUAAACAGGCCGAUUACUCAAUCACA